AUGACGCCGUACAAAAUCCAAUUGGUUCAGGAGUUGAAGCCAACUGACCAUCCAAUGCGUUUUCGCUUCGCUAAGUGGGCCUACGAUCGACUUGCAGAAGAUGCGGAUUUUGCCAAAAAAAUCAUCUUUUCAGAUGAAGCUCAUUUCGAACUUGGCGGGUAUGUAAACAAGCAGAAUUGUCGCAUUUGGGGCACAGAAAACCCGCACGCAUUCAUCAAAAAGCCGGUACACCCAAAACGAGUCACUGUUUGGUGCGGAUUUUGGUCCAGAGGCAUAAUUGGGCCAUUUUUCUUCGAAAACGAGCAAGGUGUGGCCGUUACAGUCAAUGGCGAUCGUUAUCGGGCCAUGUUGAACGAAUUUUUGUUCACAGAAAUUGAAGAGGAGGAUAUUGGCAACAUUUGGUUUCAACAAGACGGCGCAACGUGCCACACAGCCGACGCUACACUUGAUGUUUUGCGCCCUGUUUUUGAAAAUCGCAUUAUCAGCCGCAGAGCUGAUGUCGUUUGGCCACCUCGGAGCUGCGAUUUGACACCGUUGGACUAUUAUUUGUGGGGUGCCGUCAAAGAUAAGUGUUACGCCGACAAGCCAGAGACAAUUGACGCUUUAAAGGACAAUAUUCGUGAAGCCAUUGGUGAAAUACAGCUGCACACAAUCGAUAAUGUACUCAAAAAUUGGACCGAUCGUGUAGGCUACUGCAUGGCCAGCCGAGGCAGCCAUUUGAAUGAAAUUAUUUUCCAUCAUUAA